GGAGAGUCUGGCCGCGGCCGGCGGCGCCGCCUCCUCGUCGGGCCGGGCACGAAGGGCCGGGGCCUUUGUGUGAGGCGGCGGCGGCGAUGGUGCUCGGGGCCCCGCGGAGCCGGAUUAACUGUGCUAAUAAGGAGGUAGCUUCAUAGGAGCUGCUAAGAUGGGCAUGAGGAUCAAACUGCAAAGCACCAACCACCCCAACAACCUGCUGAAGGAACUCAACAAGUGCCGGCUCUCAGAGACCAUGUGCGACGUCACCAUCGUGGUGGGGAGCCGCUCCUUCCCAGCCCACAAGGCUGUGCUGGCCUGUGCGGCUGGCUACUUCCAGAACCUCUUCCUGAAUACUGGGCUUGAUGCUGCCAGGACCUAUGUGGUGGACUUCAUCACCCCCGCCAACUUUGAGAAGAUUCUGAGCUUUGUCUAUACGUCAGAGCUCUUCACUGACUUGAUCAAUGUUGGGGUCAUCUACGAGGUGGCUGAGCGUCUGGGUAUGGAGGACCUCCUCCGGGCCUGUCACUCUACCUUUCCUGACCUGGAGAGCACUGCUGUGGCCAAGCCCCUGACCAGCGCGAGUGAGAGCCACUCUGGUACCCUGAGUGGUCCUUCAGUAGAAUCUGCCCAUCCCCUUGGAGAACUCCGGGGUGGUGGAGAGCACUUUGGUCCUGACAGAAGCUAUGUGUUGCCCAGUGAUGCUGGAGGGAGCUAUAAAGAGGAAGAGAGGAAUGUUGCCAGUGACACUAACCAUAACCUGCCUCUGCCGCAGCCACCUCUGCCACCAAAGACGGAAGACCAUGAUGCCCCUACUCCUUUCAUAUCCAUUCCUAGUGUGGUGACCCAGCCAGUCCUAGGCACUAUCAGCACGGGCAUCCAGACCAGCACGAGCUCCUGCCAGCCAUACAAAGUUCAAAGCAAUGGAGACUUCAGUAAAAACAGCUUCUUCACCCCUGACAAUGCAAUAGAUAUUACCACUGGGACCAACUCCUGUCUGAGCAAUAGUGACCUCCCCAAAGAUCCCGGCUUUGGGCAGAUGGAUGAGCUCCAGCUGGAGGACCUGGGGGACGAUGACUUGCAGUUUGAAGACCCCACUGAGGAGAUAGGCACAGCUGAAGAGGUGAUUGAGCUGAGUGAUGACAGUGAGGAUGAGCUGACUUUUGGAGAGAAUGACAAUCGGGAGAAUAAGGCCAUGCCCUGCCAGGUGUGCAAGAAAGUUCUAGAGCCCAAUAUUCAACUGAUCCGGCAACAUGCUCGGGACCACGUGGACCUGCUGACAGGCAACUGCAAGGUCUGUGAGACCCAUUUCCAGGACCGAAACUCCCGGGUGACCCACGUCUUGUCCCACAUUGGUAUUUUCCUCUUCUCCUGCGACAUGUGUGAAACUAAGUUUUUUACCCAGUGGCAGCUGACCCUACACCGACGGGAUGGAAUAUUUGAGAACAACAUCAUUGUCCACCCCAACGAUCCCCUGCCUGGGAAGCUGGGUCUGUUUUCAGGGACAGCCUCCCCAGAGUUGAAAUGUGCUGCCUGUGGAAAAGCACUGGCCAAAGAUUUCCAUGUGGUCCGGGGCCACAUCCUCGAUCAUCUAAACUUGAAGGGCCAGGCCUGCAGCAUCUGUGACCAGCGUCACCUCAACCUCUGCAGCCUCAUGUGGCAUACACUCUCCCAUCUCGGCAUUUCAGUCUUCUCCUGCUCUGUCUGUGCCAACAGCUUUGUGGACUGGCAUCUUCUAGAGAAGCACAUGGCUGUGCACCAAAGUCUGGAAGAUGCCCUCUUCCACUGCCACUUGUGCAGCCAGAGCUUCAAGUCAGAGGCUGCCUAUCGCUACCAUGUCAGCCAGCACAAAUGCAACAGUGGCCUUGAGGUGCGGCCUGGUUUUGGGCUACAGCACCCAGCUCUCCAGAAGCGGAAGCUGCCAGCAGAGGAGUUUCUGAGUGAGGAGCUGGCUCUGCAGGGCCAACCUGGGAACAGCAAGUAUAGCUGCAAGGUCUGUGGCAAAAGAUUUGCCCACACAAGUGAGUUCAACUACCACCGGCGGAUCCACACGGGCGAGAAGCCGUACCAGUGUAAGGUGUGCCACAAGUUUUUCCGAGGCCGCUCGACCAUCAAGUGCCAUCUCAAGACGCACUCGGGGGCCCUUAUGUACCGCUGCACAGUCUGUGGCCACUAUAGUUCCACCCUUAACCUUAUGAGCAAGCAUGUCGGUGUGCACAAAGGCAGCCUCCCGCCCGACUUCACCAUCGAGCAGACCUUCAUGUACAUUAUCCAUUCCAAAGAGGCGGAAAAGAACCUGGACAGCUGACUGGGUCCCCACAGAGCCAGGGGAGCUCCCCAGUAGCAGCCAGGACAUUGAUUUUCUAAUGACUGUUGGUCCCUCCCCAGCUGAAGUUACAGUUUUGCCUUGCUAGGAAUUCUGUUUUGUGUUGUGUUUAAAGAAGAAAAAAAGAAGAAAUAGCACAUAAGCUGUUACUUUUUUUGAGAAGCAACAGCCCUAUUGCAUUUACCUCCAUACCUGUUCUUGCCCACAAAGGGCUGUGUUUUUGAUUCUUUUGAGGCUGGUUUUGGGAUCUAGGCAAGCAGUUGGUGUCAACUAGAUCCCUUUUGCCAGCCUCUGUAGUUUUAGUUUACUGCUAGGUUUUAUGCUGCUAAGAAUCCAACCAACAGCCUCACUGAAUAGAAGAGGUGAAGAGAGAUUUUCACCGUGGGUAUUACCGCCAAGCCACCAACUGGGACAACCAACUGUGAGAAAGAUUUUGGGAAUGUGGUCAUUCAGAAAAGACCAGUCAGCAGGGCAGUUCACUUCAGGUUCCAGUGCCAGCCCUGGGGAAAGGUGUCAGGGAUGGAGGUGCCUGCUUGCCCCGCGGCCCUAAUCUGCUGAUUGCACAGUGAAAAUCUUUUGGCAGCUAGAUCCAAACUGGGACAAAGCUUUCUAUUUAGUUUAGAAAGCUUUGGGAUAAGUCCUUGCCAGCCAGAAGGGGUGUCCUGCAGUGUUGCCAGAAGUGGCAGCCUGGAUGGACAGGAAAAGAGGUUUCUCUUUUCUCCUCGUUUCCAAAGAAAAUUAUGGAAUGGUGGCCCAGGAUGUCAGGCCUUCCCUGUGGGGCAAAGAGGACAGGGAACCACUUUGAUAUUGUCUCGUGUCAUUUUGGCCACCUCCCUUGGCCUUGAGUUUCCUGGUGGAGAGGUGGGGAUAUGUCUGACAGCAGCAGCCUUGCCUUAAUUUACAUCUAGUCUCCCACCCAGAAGAGUUUGGCCCUUAGAGUAGAUGAGAAGACUCCGUGAAGUGGUGGAGUGGCGGACUGCAAGCCCUUCAGGAUUAAAGGGACCUGAGUAACUGGUGGUGUGUAGCAGGGUGUGUGUUCUGUCUGUCUGUCCCAGUUGGGUAACCUGUUGUUUACUUUGUGCUAACAGUGUGGGAGCUUUGACAGCUCACCUUUGACCUGCUGGAAUUUAUCCUGGUCUGUCCUUGCAUCACCUCCAGGGGGCGCUGCUGGAUGGCAGCUGGUUCAGGCCCUCCCUAGGUGGCUGGGGAAUGGGUCUGCCCAGUCCACAAGGCCAGUUGGCUCCAUUCUUAGUUGGUUUUCUGAGGGGUCUUGCCCAAAGAAGGCUUGAGGGAGAGGGCCCUUGAUCUCACAUACUCACAAGGUGGCACCUCAGUAGCUCAUACUACCUCACCCUGCCCAGGGGAGCUCUGGGAGCCCCUGGCCUCAGCCCUGAUACUACUCCUGGUGAGACUCAGCAGCACCCUGGGCUGUUUCACAAGCAAGUGGUUUUGAUUAACUCACAAAGCCGCCUUGGACAUUAAAUAUUUAUUUAUUUUGUUUGUUUGUUUUUGUAUACAUAUUACCCAGCCUCUCUUUUGGAUAAAAGACUUUAGGAAAAUGAGUUUCUCCCCAGCAAGUAGCCAUACUCCAGAGGACAGUCCUUCCUGGGCAGAGAUUUGGGGAACAGGGGAUAACUAGGGGAAAACAUGUCAAACCUUUUAAAUGAGCAAAUUCUUUUCUUCUCCAGAUAGCCUCUAGCAUAAUAAACCCAGGGAACCCUUUAGGCAAUAGGUAUAAAAGUUCUAGAAAGUUGGGGCCAGUUAAAUUUGCCAGCCUUUCCUCCCCCUUCCAUCCUGGAGUAGAUUAGAGACUGGGUUGAGGGGGACAAAUCAUUUGAAUGACAUUUUUGCACAGUUUCUCAUCCUGCCUACACUUGGGAACCCUCCUGUCCUUGUCUAUAUUAAGACAUACAGGCAAACCAAAGCUCCAUCCCUAUUGGACGUGCUGCCUCUCUCCCCAGCCCUGAACUGAUAAAUUCUCAGAGUUGGAGUUCGUGGCUUGGCUGUCUGGAGGGGUGACCAUUAGAUGAAGGAACUUGCACAGUGGCCAGUUUAAAGGCUCCUCUUUGACCAUCUAAGUCCAACUUGUUCAAUGAACCUUUGGGACAUUCUUAUCAGGAAAGUAGUGUUGAGACUUUCCAUUGCUGACUGGCUUCUCCCUUCUGACACUGACCAUUAGAGAUUUAAGAAGGAAAUAUGUAAUAGACUACAAUCAUGUACCUGCUAAGUUUUUCAAGCAUGAAUGUUCCCUCCCAGACUGUGAGAACUGAUUUUUUUUUUUUACAUUUUACUUUUUUGUGAGGACUGAUUUUUGAAUGGCCAGUUUGAGAGAGGUGGUAAUUUCUGGAACCUAGCCAGGUAGCUGAGAGCAUGUAAAUAUGCUGGAGAAACCCUUUUCCUUAACAGAGGGCAUCACAGAUGCUGGGUGUCUGUAUACUUAACUUGAAACUGUGAAGUUUUCCUUUUUUGCCAGAAAACCAAAAAGCAGAUCCUUGAAAUUUUGCCCUUGAAACACUAAACAAAAAACUGCACCCCUGAUCCCCUGAGGCUGUGGUUGAUCAGGGUGGUCCAGUUGGUCCCCGUCAAAUAUGUCACAAUGAGCUCAGGAGGCUCAUUGACCCAGCCCUGUCCCUCUGGGUGUCCCUCAUGUUCAUACUCGAUGAACUUCUCUCUGAAGUCGUUUGCCUCCUCUGCCUCUAGCUCACCCUUUUCUGAGUUGUUUUACUUGAAACACUGUAUUGUGGCAAAGGGCACUCUAGGAUACCUGGGGAAGGUAGUCGUUUUAUUUUGCAGUUUUAAUUUUUUUGACCUUCUGUUCAUUUGAUUUUGUUACCCCCUCUCUCCUGGAGCCCAGUUUAGUACUGUCUCCUGUAUUGCUCUGAAGUUCUGUUUGACUCUUGAAUGUCCUCUCUUCUCCCUUUUUCCCUUUUUCUUGUUCUGUACUCAGGACCAGCAAUGUAAUUUGCAGAGCCCUCUUGUUCACAAAUUAUUAAGAAUUUCAAGAUGGCGAUCAUAGAGCAUUAAACCAAAUAUGGGGCUAUUCCCAACUUGUUUCCUAAGAGGAAGAUGGUUGCACGGCACACUGGGGAUAAACAGCAGAGGCUGCUUGUGGCCGGGGGAGGGGAUCAGUAUCCCAGCACUCUGGUGACUCACUGAUGCUGCAACCUUUGUAUUUGGUCCUAAAUUUUAAGACUCCAUGGAGUCCCUACAGUUCAUGGCUAGUUGGGAAGAAAGGAGGUGGGGUGCAGGUUGGGCCAGGUGACCCCUAAGAACCAGGAGAUGAGUAAAAGUUCUUUUGGCUUGCUUCUAUUCUAUCAGUACCCCUUUGUCUCCAGGACAAACCUUUGGGCUUAAAUAUCUUUUUCACAGUCGGGUUUUUGCUACUGAUGAAUUUUCUUCCUCUUCUGGCUUCCUCCUAUGCCCUAUUCCCCAGACCCCAGCCUACUCAACUUCCAAAGCGAAUUUAAACCCCCUUAUAGAUGGACACUGAAUUUGUUGGCAUGGGAGUGGGCUGCGUGGCACAAUCUGUGCCUAUCUGGGAGUCCCACGUGUCCUUUUCCCUGAGUCCUGCACCAAAUGAGUCAUGAAGCAGGACACAGCAUUGGUUUGAAUGUGAUUAUGCAUCAUAAACUUAACAUCAGAAUGAAAGUGAAGCUGUUUUGAUUUUGAUGUUUCUUUAAAACCCUUCCCCUGUCCAACCCACCUGCCCCCCCCAAUAGCUAAAGUCUCUUAUGAAACAAAGAGUUGUUGAUGUCUGACUUCUUCCAUUAAAUUAAUAAGUACUGACCUCCUGAUAUUUAAGUGUUUACUAUCUAUUGCUGUAAAGUUUUGUAUAUUUUGUAAACUUUUUUUUCCCAAAUAGUAGAUGUCUAAAAUCAUUGUACAUCUGAUUCUUUUGUAUUCCAUUGUUCAGCACAAAGUGUGGUUUUUAUUUAGAAUAAAAAAAAAUUUGAAAUGGGA